GAAGCUUGGCCGGCUGGAGAGGCGGGUCACCUGUUAGCCCGGUAUUUAGAAGGAAACAAGGUCGAGAGGCUCUUCUGUCAAUUUAGCUCCGUCCUAGCGAGAGAACCGGAGCUCCCACCCUAAAUGAGAAGAAACUCGGCGUCCUGCAGUCUUUGCCGACCCCUGCCUGCAGGCUGCUGCCAUGAGGUUGAAUCAGAACACUGUGUUGCUGGGGAAGAAGGUGGUCCUGGUGCCCUACACCUCAGAGCACGUACCUAGGUACCAUGAGUGGAUGCAAUCAGAGGAACUACAGCGUUUGACAGCCUCGGAGCCACUGACCCUGGAGCAGGAGUACGCAAUGCAGCGCAGCUGGCAGGAGGAUGCCGACAAGUGUACCUUCAUUGUGCUGGAUGCAAAAAAGUGGCAGGCCCGGCUGGGCCCUGCUGAGGAGAGCUGCAUGGUGGGCGAUGUGAACCUCUUCCUCACAGAUGUGGAAGACCCCGCCCUGGGGGAGAUUGAGGUCAUGAUUGCAGAGCCUAGCUGCAGGGGCCAGGGCUUCGGUACUGAGGCUGCUCUCCUGAUGAUGUCCUAUGGAGUGACCAAGCUAGGUCUGACUAAGUUUGAGGCAAAAAUCGGGCAAGGAAAUGAACCCAGCAUCCGGAUGUUCCAGAAGCUUCACUUUGAACAGGUGGCUCUAAACAGCGUCUUCCAGGAAGUGACACUUAGGCUGACAGUGAGUGAGCCUGAACAGCAGUGGCUUCUGGCUCAGACCAGCCACAUGGAGGAGAAGGCUUAUAGAGAUGGAUCCGUGGAGCACCAAUGACAGCCUGGCCCUGGCCACCACUCUGCAGGGGCCGGGCGCUGGGUUCAGCCACUCCAGGGGCUGCAGCUCUUCAUGGGAGAUGCAUAUAUGGUCCCUUUGGUCCCAGUUCCAAAUUGCGAGUCACCUUUCAGGACCUUCAGGCUUAGACUGGGUUUGCCUUGGCCUCAUCCUGGCUGGCAGUGGCUGAACUGACUUCUCUCCCCUUAGUAUGGCUGGCAGUGCCAUACUGACUCAGAUGCCCCUGGAGGACAUGGCAAGAAUGUACUGGGAAGGACAUGAUGACGUGGGGAUGGACAGGCCUUUCCUCUUGAGACCAGAAGCACCACCCAGGGCCACCACCCUGGCUAAGAAUGAAGCCCUAUGGACGGGGAGAUGGCUCAGUGGAAUAAGUGCUUCCCUGGCAAGUGCAAGGGCCUGAGUUCAAUCCCCAG